AUGGUGUCUGAAAAUGGAAUCCCACUUGAACAUGAAAGAGACGUCAUAAUCAAGAAUCUUGAUGAAGGGUCAAUCCGUGACACGGUUCCGGGCGAAGAUGAAGCCUGUAAAUUCAAAAAAGCCGGCGAAUCGGGCCCGAAACCAUCAGGGCCCGACACGAUCCCUUCUCCAACUGUACCAAAGUCUAAAUCAUCAAAUCCCGAAAAAGUUGCCAGUACCGGUGGCCCGAAGAACAGCAAACCGGCCAAGAACCAGUCGACCUCGAAAAUAUCGGUUGUGUUUGGCCGGAAUACGAAAAAACCGAGCUUGACACAGAGCCUUUCUUUCCCGGGCUCUGGCCGCCAUUCGGACGUGAUGAAAAGGAGCAUCGAGGUUUACCCGUCUGAGUCUGACAUAAGGCAAUCUCGAAAAAACAGUUCGAAAAUCGUGUCACAAGUUUCGAACGGGAGUUUGAGUCCGAGGAUUGGUUCGGUUGUGAGGGGCCCGUUUCCUGGGGUCAAUUCUAAGCGCGUGGCAUCUUCAGAUGAGGAUGCUCGGUCGACGACUUCCUCGACACAGCAGAGGAUUAUUAAUGUUUCGACAUUCUCGUUUAGGCUGGAAGAACGUGCUGAGAAACGAAAAGAGUUCUUUUCGAAGAUAGAACAGAAAGUACACGCAAAGGAAGUGGAAAAAAAUAACAUACAAGCAAAAUCUAAGGAAAAUCAAGAGGCGGAAAUAAAACAACUCAGAAAGAGCUUGACAUUCAAAGCUACACCCAUGCCGAGCUUCUACAAAGAACCCCCUCCGAAAGUUGAACUGAAGAAGAUACCAACCACACGCCCGAUUUCUCCGAAGCUCGGGAGGAACAAAAGCUAUUCCGUUGAAAAUGUCUCGCCAUGUGCAAGCCCACGAAUGAGUGAAGGCAAUAGCUGCAAGUCACCAAAGACUCCUCGGGAAAAAAUUGCUGCUUUAAAUAAGCCCAUGAAGAGCCCCUUGUCCAAGUCCCAAGCUCGAGCGAAAACAGGAGAAAUUCAAAACCGGCCCAUUUGCCCGACUGAGUUCACGGACGAGAAAAUAGAAGAUGGGCCCGAAAAAAGUUCGUUCUUUUGUGGUGAUGAGUCGAGUCUUGCUUCAAAUGCAACGGCUGCUGGAGUUUCUGUUGAAGUGGUUAAGCAGUUGUUGUUGGAGAUCAGAGGACUACUUACGGACAAUUUGCUUAAUCACGGCGGCCAUGAGCUGCAAGCUUUUGAUUCCAAAGUGAAACAGCUCUUUGCUAGGACACACUUCUUGCUUGCGUCAUAUGAGCUGAAGGAGGCAUUAGAAGAUCACGCCCAACCAAAAGAAGCCCGAGAACGUCUGGAUGACCUCAGGCGAGAUCGACGUGAUGAUGAUAGGCGAAGUCCAGUUCUUGCCCGGUUGAAACCAUUUUUAGGAGUGAUGGAUUCGCCUGAAGUUAUCAAGGGAACUUUGUGUAUUUUAUUCGGGUACUGGAUCGAUACAGAAUUCUAUCACAACUUGUGUGAGACGCUUAAAACGAAAAAAGCUGCCCGACCUACCGUCAAGGAUUACAGGGGAGAUAUUCAUGCUAAAAUCGACUAUGCUGCUCAUUAUGAUGGCCUGAAACAAGCUUUGCAGGACUUGUAUGCUGCCAAAGAGCCUGUUCUUUACGAGGCUGGUAUGAAGGAGAUUGUAACAAACAAACCUAAGUAUGAGAAAUUGAUUAGCAAGAUGAGCAAACAUGCAGGCGAUAGGAUUAGCGUUAGGAAUGGUAUUCCUGUAUUGGACGAGGCGGUGUUAUGUCUUUAG